UCCGAGAAGCUGGAAUUUUGGAUGCAAUACAAAAGAGUUCUUAGUUCUUGUCCUUCACCAUCUCUGUGAGUUUAGAAAGAACUAACAAUGGCGAGCAGAUUUCGUUCAAGCAGUGAUUAUCAUGGUAGCGGCCUAUAUAGAAUGCUGCUUGAUUUUAGCAGCGCCACCCUCACAAAACCCCAGAAGCGAUGGCGCAUUGCCUGCAUCGCUGUUCAUUUUUCUCUCUCUCUUGCCAAAUCUAUGAUUAAGAGAACAAGAAAUCAUAAAUAUUCAGAAAUUUCAGGCUCCCCUUCUCACAUUGUUCUUGAAAUCGAUUCAAUCAGCGACCUGAAUCUUUCAUCAAGUACAGAUUUAGUGCCUGGAUCUUUUCUUCCCGCCGUUGAUCAAACAAAGCUCACAGAGAUGGUGAAGAACAAAAGCUUGGCUGAACUUCAUCAAUUUGACGGCGUUGACGGCAUUGCCAGGCUUCUGAAAACUGAUAUGGAAAAUGGAAUUCCCGGAGACGAAGAUGAUGUGAAAAAACGGAGGAGUGCAUUUGGUCCAAAUACGUACGAGAAGCCUCCUCCAAAAGGGCUAAUGUAUUUUGUAGUCGAGGCGUUUAAGGAUGCCACCAUUAUCAUCCUUCUUGCCUGUGCUGUUCUCUCUCUUGCAUUUGGGAUCAGAGAACAUGGGAUUCAAGAAGGUUGGUACGAGGGUGGCAGCAUAUUUGUAGCUGUUUUUCUUGUUGUUGUUGUAUCAGCAGCUAGCAAUUUCAGGCAGGAAAGACAAUUCGAUAGGCUGUCAAAAAUAAGUAGCAAUAUCAAGAUUGAUGUUGUUAGAGAUGGAAGAAGGCAGAAGAUAUCCGUCUUCGACAUUGUAGUCGGAGACGUAGUUUGCUUGAAGAUCGGCGAUCAAAUUCCGGCUGACGGAUUAUUCACCGACGGCCAUUCCUUUCAAGUGGAUGAAUCGAGCUUGACAGGAGAGAGUGAUCACGUGGAAAUCGAUUCAAAGCUCAAUCCGUUCCUGUUGUCUGGUUCAAAAGUGGCCGACGGGUAUUCGCGAAUGCUGGUGAUAUCAGUUGGGAUGAACACGGCCUGGGGGAAGAUGAUGAGUUCAAUAACACAAGAUUCUAACGAACAGACGCCAUUACAAGAACGCCUGAUCAAAUUGGCUACAUCAAUUGGCAAAGUAGGACUUUCUGUUGCUUUCCUGGUUCUCGUAGUGAUGUUGAUUCGUUAUUUCACUGGAAAUACAGAAGAUGAAAAUGGAAGGCGAGAAUACAAUGGAAGAAGAACAGAUUUAAAUGAUAUUUUCAAUUCUGUUCUUCAAAUUAUUUCGACUGCUGUUACCAUUGUUGUUGUGGCGAUUCCCGAGGGGCUCCCGCUGGCUGUCACCCUAACUCUCGCAUAUUCGAUGAAGAGAAUGAUGGCUGAUCAGGCAAUGGUGAGGAACUUAUCAGGCUGCGAAACAAUGGGAUCAGCAACAGUUAUUUGCACAGACAAAACGGGGACCUUGACAAUGAAUCAAAUGAAAGUGAUGAAGUUUUGGCUCGGCCAUGAAAACAUCGAGAAAGAUCGAUAUUCUCAGGCCAUUGGCCCGGAUCUCCUGGAAUUAUUCUGCCAGGGAACCGGCUUCAAUACGACAGGGAGUGUUUAUAAGCCAAAAUCAGAAUCUGUAAUCGAGUAUUCAGGUUGUCCAACUGAGAAGGCAAUUCUCUCCUGGGCUGUCCAGGAUUUGGGUAUGGAUAUCGAGAAACUGAAGCAAACUUAUAAGAUUAUUCGUGUUGAAACUUUCAAUUCAGAGAAGAAACGAAGCGGAGUUUUGAUUAAGAAACAGGUUGAUAAUACCUACCAUGUGCACUGGAAAGGAGCUGCAGAAAUGGUGUUAGCAAUGUGCACACAUUAUUAUCAAAGUACAGGAGAAGUUAAGAGUAUUAGUGAAAAUGAAAGGUCACAAUUCGAAAAUAUUAUCCAGGGAAUGGCAGCAAGUAGCCUCAGGUGUAUUGCAUUUGCUUAUAAGCAAAUUGAACCGGAAAAAGUUCAAUGUGAUGAAGAUGAUUUGACCUUACUUGCGAUAGUUGGCCUGAAGGAUCCCUGCAGACCCGGUGCUAAAAAGGCAAUUGAAUCUUGCAGAAUUGCUGGAGUACAAAUCAAGAUGAUCACGGGAGAUAAUGUGUUUACAGCAAAGGCCAUAGCGGCAGAAUGUGGGAUACUUUCAUCUGAUCAAGAACUUGGCGAUGGCGAAGUUAUAGAAGGCAUCGAGUUCAGAAACUACACACCAGAAGAGAGAAUUCUCAAGGUUGAUAACAUUCGUGUGAUGGCGAGAUCAUCCCCUAUGGACAAGCUUUUGAUGGUAAAAUGCUUGAAACAGAAAGGUCAUGUCGUAGCAGUCACCGGAGAUGGAACAAACGAUGCACCAGCACUAAAAGAAGCUGAUGUAGGCCUUUCCAUGGGAAUUCAAGGCACUGAAGUAGCAAAAGAAAGCUCGGAUAUCGUUAUCUUGGAUGAUGAUUUUGCAUCCGUGGCAACCGUCUUGAAAUGGGGUCGAUGCGUUUAUAAUAAUAUCCAAAAAUUUAUUCAAUUUCAACUCACUGUCAAUGUUGCAGCCCUUGUCAUCAAUUUCAUUGCAGCAGUUUCAGCUGGUGAAGUUCCCCUAACCACGGUUCAACUUCUAUGGGUGAACCUCAUAAUGGACACACUGGGGGCUCUUGCACUUGCUACAGAAAGACCAACAGAUGAGCUUAUGCAUAAACCACCUGUCGGUCGAACCGAGCCUUUAAUCACAAGGGUUAUGUGGAGAAACCUCUUGGCACAGGCUCUAUAUCAAAUAGCCAUACUCUUAACCUUGCAGUUUAAAGGUAAAUCAAUCUUUAAUGUGGAAGAGAAGGUAAAGAACACAUUGAUCUUCAACACAUUUGUGCUUUGCCAAGUUUUCAACGAGUUCAAUUCAAGGAAGUUGGAGAAGAAGAAUGUGUUUAGUGGGAUUCAUAAGAAUGGAUUGUUUCUUGGAAUCAUUGGAAUAACUCUUAUACUUCAGGUUGUGAUGGUAGAGUUUUUAAAGAAAUUUGCUGAUACAGUGAGGUUGAAUUGGGGUCAAUGGGGAAUAUGUAUUUUGCUUGCAGCUUUUACAUGGCCACUUGGUUGGAUUGUGAAGUGUAUUCCAGUUCCUAAAAAGCCAUUUCUAAGUUACUUCAGAUUUUUUCCUUCUACUUCAUGAUUUUACUCUGCCAGAGGGCAUCUAUAACUUGUCUGUGGGCAGAGAAAGCACCAAGAAAUGAUGGAGAUCUAGAUUUUGGAGCCUGGAUGGUGAAGAUUUUGUUGAACUGCGUGGUGCCUAAUUAUAUAUGUUUAUCUUCUUGUUGUGUCUUUUGAGUAUUUGCUCAUGUAUUACAACACUGCGUUAUUCCUACAAUAUAAAGGAUUUAUUAUGUGGGCUGUUUUAUCACUUUUAUGUACAAGAGGUGUGAGGAAAUGACCUUUCUUCUUCA